CGAAGCAUCUCAGUAGGCGGGAUUUAUCCGCUUCUUAGAACGCUGGUGUCGCCAUUUUUCUUGUGUGACUGUAAGGCAGAUUGAGGCUUUCUACAACACUGCUUCAAGGAUGGUCAAGAUCUUCAUUGGGAAUGUCCCUCGGGAGGCAGACAAGGAUGAAAUCCAGGCGCUCUUCUCACAAUACGGUGCCGUCACAGAAUGCGCUAUCGUCAAGAAUUUUGCAUUCGUCCACAUGGAUGACCGUAAGUCUGCCACCAAAGCCAUCCGUAGCCUGCACCUCUACAAGCUGCAUGGCACGGCGAUAAAUGUCGAGGCUAGUCGCGGGAAGAACCAGGGGGCCGUCAAACUCCACGUGACAAACGUGGAGAAGGGCAACGAUGAUGAGCUCCGCACUCUGUUCGAGGAGUAUGGCACGGUCUCUGAAUGUGCUAUUGUCAAAAACUUCGCGUUUGUGCACAUGGACAACUCCGACGAAGCUUUGGAUGCCAUCAAGGGAUUGGACAACAUUGAAUUCCAGGGGAAACGUAUCCAUGUUCAGAUAUCAAAGAGCCGUCCCAGGUACGAGGAGGAAGAAGACUACCCCCCACCUCAGAGGGGGGGAUACUGGCCCCCCCGUGGCUACCCCGGGGAGAGGCAUGAUCCUCCACCCCCUAGCUAUCUAAGAGGUCGUCACCCACCCCCUCAUCACGGGUACCCUGCCCCCCCUCCACCACCCCCUCCCCCUAGACGAGCCCCUUACCCAGAGCGUGCUUAUGAGCGCGAGAGGGAGAGCUAUGCCGUGGUGGAUUACUAUGAGAAAUACAGGGCUCGCCCUGCCGCUUACGGCAUAAUGUCCUAUGAUGAGAGGCGUGUAGGCUCCUUACCCCCUCCUCCCCCGCCCCCCUCUUCCAUGGUCAGGGAGCGUUUCAUGGCCUCUGGCCUCGAUCCAUAUGAGCGUCGCCCCCUCCCUCCUCCCCCCGCUGCGUACUACGCCAGGGACCGUAGUCCCAUUCGGAGGGCCCCUCCUCCCCCCAUGCCCCCCGCCGGUAACGGUUACUCCUAUGAGCGUUCCCGACUCUCCCCCGUCUCUCGGCCCGCGAUGUACAACCUACCACGUACCAGGGACCCCUACGCCGACAGGUUGCCACCGCCGCCACCGGCCCGCUAUUACUAAGCAGCGUACACCGGCGUUUGACUCAAGGUUUAAAUAUUUCAACAAGAGCUGCGUCCUCGUCACCGCCGUCGUCUCCUGAUGCACGCAGCGAUUUACACCCGUCUGGUUGAGCGCGUUUCGUUCUCCUGCAACACUCUCAGGAGGAAUUGUAAUGCAUGACCCCUCGUCAUCUAAAACACUUUUAUUACACUCGUAUUGUUUUGGCCUUUUUUGUUUUGUAUUUUAGUAUUGUGCUUUAGCUACAUUUAUAGUCUCUGGCUCCCAGAAGCCUUUUAGUCAGUCGUUUUUAUUUUAUUUUACGUCCUUGAUAUACUGUAACGUGUCAUGAUACAAACUUUUGCUGUUAAAUCAAAUUUCUGAAAUUUGAUGAAUGGAAGCUGCAGCACGUUAUUAUGAAAAGGAUGUUAUUAAUAUCAAAUAAUCGUGACUGUAUAUCGACUUGAAUACGAACCAUCAUGUGUUUCCUUUUAAAUUAAACCACCACGUUUGUUCAAUCUACGUCUGAAAUUAUGACAAGUUAUGGAUUAUGAAAAGGUUGCGCUCUGCGACAAUGUACAACGGCGUAAUAAAACCACUACGACGGACUACAACAAUGGACUAGUUGGUUAAUUUAAUUAGACAAAUAUUUGCUGAUGGUAGCUAGUUUUACUAAGGUGGGUAACGUUCUUGUUUGUCAUCAGAGGACAUGAUUUUAGUAAAUAAAAUAAACUGAAUUGUAUAGUCA